UUCCAUCCGGAAGUUUAUCUCCGGCCGGAGCAGCGGCAAAGGAAGCAAUGGCGGGGGGUCUUGCAACGGAGCUUCUUUUUCUUGAUACGUUUAAACACCAGAGUGCAGAGCUAACCAACGUGGAUGUGGUGCGGUUUCCUUGCGGCGUUCUGAUCACAGAGGUGCGGGUCAUUCCUCCAGGAAUCAAAGCUCACAGCAACCUACCUGACAGCAGAGGCUUUGGGGAAACGUCGCCUCAUGCCUUCCAGUUGGAGCUGUUUUUCAAUAAUCUGACUAAACCCAACAGCUCCACCUUCCACAGACUGGGCAGUCUGGAGUACGAUGAGAACAAGUCCAUCGUGUUCAGGCCUAAUGGAAAGGUUAACACAGACGGCCUGGUGCUGCGUGGCUGGUACACCUGUCUGACUGUGGCAGUGUACGGUACAGCCGAACGCUCACAUGGACACGGCCAGGACUCACCACCUCCUCCACCACCUCCACCUCCACAGCAGCCAAGUGGGCCAAAGAGGAUCACUAAACCAGAGUGGGAAAAAGAUGACCAGUACAACGGAAGCCCACCCAGACCCACUCCCAGAGGGCCUCGCACUCCACCGGGUCCUCCGCCCCCAGAUGAUGAUGAGGAAGAGCAAGUUCAAGUUUCAGUAAGUGUAGUUAAAAAUGAGCCGUCCGAGGGACGUGACGACUACCUGGAGGCUGUGUCACCUGAGAGAUCCCUGCCUGCCGAUGAGGCGUACUCAGAUGCCGAGCAGGAGGAGGAAGGAGAUGAGGAGGAGGACGAGGAACAAGAGGAAGAAGAGGAUGCCCGUACAGAGGGCAGUGCUCCUGAAGAAGAGGAAGAGGAGGAGGAUGAGGGUGAGGACGAUGAAGAGGAGAUGGAGGAAGGUGACGAUGGUUAUGAGCAGAUUUCCAGUGAUGAGGAUGAUCUGGAUAAUGGCAGCUUUAAGUUGCCUACCUUUGACAUGGACUAUACCCCUGAGGACCUGGCAUCAGUGCCCCCUGUCCAGUAUGACCCUUAUGAGCGAGAACUGCGACCGCUGCUCUAUUUUACCCCUCCUUACAAGACUCGUUUUGAUGCUCCGUUUGAAAAGGCCAGUGUGGAGGAGCCCAAGGAAGCUGAUGAAAACAAAGAAGCUGAAGUUGGAGAAGAAGCUGGGGCUGUUGCCCAAAUGAAAGAACUACUGGCUAGCAUCGGUGAAGAAAGAGAUGCACGCUGGGUCAGUGCUCUGGAGGAGGCACCGGGACUUCUGGUCAAAGGCUUGGCCUAUUUAAUCAAACAGGGAGAGGGAGAAGGCGAAGGUGAGGGCGAGGGCGAUGAGUCUGUUGGAGUCUUAGUCAAGUGGGCUCUCCAAGCUCUCAGUAUGGAAACUGCCCUCACACAGCCUAUCGCCGUGAACCUCAGACAAUUAAAAGCCGGUGCCAAGUUAGCAUCGUGCCUGGCAGAGUGCCCGCAGGGCCUCAAGGUGCUGUUGGGUGAAGGGGCCCUGGAUGUGUUACUGAAGCUGCUCCAAACAGACCACGUGUCCUCUACACUGAAGCUGAGUAUUCUCAAAGCUCUGGACGCCUUGAUCAGUGCCCCUGCUGGUGUGGAGGCCUUUCUACACAAAGGAGAAUCAGAGAAGAGUGGUUAUCAGCGUCUAGUCCAGUUGUUCCUGCGUGAAGAAACGGUGAGGGUCAUAACCGCUGGCAAUGCCAUAUUACAGAAAUGUCACACCUUUGAGGUGAUGCUUGAUCUGCAAAAUACUGCAGCAGCGUGGAGUGAAACACAACAGGAGGACAUGGAAGAGGCUGAGAGUCCCAUGGAGGAGGAACCAGCUUUGAACUCCUCCCCUGUGAGUGAAGCAGAGCUGGACAGGUUAGCAGGAGUUUUGGAAGAAAUACAUCACCUGCUGGAGACGGCACCGCACUGCAUGGUGCAGCCGCCUGGUAAAGCGUUUCCGACCUCGGCCAGAAUAACAGGACCUCAGGAAAAAGAUGAUCCAUAUCCCACGCUCUUUAGGUACAUGCAUGCAUGCCAUAUCUUGGAGAGCACCACUGUGGUGUUGUCGGCAGCUGCAGCGACAGGGCACAUGGCCGUCAUUCAGUCCGUUAAAGAGCUACUGCGCUUCCUGUCACUCACGCAGCCCGGUCUCCUCUUCAUGUUGGCUCAGCCCACUCCUUCCAGCCUGCUGCUGCGUCUUUUGGCAUCACUGGCAGAGGCAGAGAGUGAGGAGAGCACUUUUCCCGGAGGAGAAGGAGCUUACACGGGUCCCAGUUUUGGGGAAGAGGGCUUCGCCUUUUGGCUUAUGCAGGCACUGCACGCGCUGCAGGGUGUUUCAGAACUAAUGAGCCACGUGGCUACAGGAGGAGACGGAGGAGCUGGACUGGAGGAAGGUGACAAUGCAGAAGUGCUGGGCAUGCUCCAUGCGCUCUACCUGAUGACCUUCUCUCAGACGGGUCGCAGCGCAGUGGCUCAUGUGUUUAGCCUGGACAACAACCUUUCAUGCCUGGUGACUCUGCUACAGCACCACAGCAAAGAUGGACAGGGUGAAGCAAAAGCUCGCAAAGCAGUGACCUAUAAUUACGCCUGUAUGCUGGUCUUACUGGUGGUGCAGAGCUCCAAUGAACUGCGGAUGAUGGAGCAAUUCGCUGCACCGCUGCUUGCUUUGGCCAAGGCUGAUGACACAAAUGCCAAAUUGCAGGAGCUAGGUAAAUGGUUGGAACCUCUGGAGAAACUUCGCUUUGAGAUCAGCGUCAUUCCCACGCUCAUUGACUACAUAAAACGGAAUGUAGAGAAUGUGUUGACUGCUGAGGGAACUGGAUUGGUCACUGCUCUUAGGGUCCUCAGCCACAUUGCCUGCCCCCCUCCAGCUGUCGAUGGUCAGCAGAAAGACCUUAAGUGGAGUCUUGCAGGGGUCCAGCUGUUCUCUGGUGAGGGUCUGGACACAUGCGUGCGUGUGCUUCAGAAGCUAUGCAGUGUGUUGCUGCAGCCGUGGCGUGUUCACGGACACAUGGGCCCCACGCCACAGCGCUGCAUGAUCCUCAGCAUAUGCAUCAGCACUCUCAGGUUGCUGCGCACCAUGCUGACUGAGCUGCUGCGUGGAGGAGCGUUCCAGUUCAGGGACACUCGCGUGGCCAGCGUGUUGGUGAAUCUUCACAUGAUGGUUUGUUCCAUCCCUGCGUCCGGGCGUCUGGAUGGCGAGGAGACCCGAGUUCAGGCGUUCAUUGUGGACGUGCUGCUCACCUUCACACAGGGCGUCAAUGCAGGGGUGACUCACACAGAAGAAACCCUGGCCAGUAACACGUGGUCACUGAUGUUGAAGGAGGUGUUGAACUCCCUGCUGAAGGCUCCUGAGGGUUUGUUUUCUGGUCUAACGCUGCUCUCUGAGCUACUGCCCCUCCCUCUGCCCAUGCAGAGCACUCAGGUGAUAUCAGUCCAAGACGUGGCCGUGGCCCUGAACACAAGGAAGCUGUGGAGCAUGCACGUCCGAGCCCAGUGGAAAGUGUUUUCCGAGGUGCUGAGGAGUGUGUGUGCAACCACCUGCCCCCCUCUUUUAGCAAUGCUCAGGAGAGUGUGUGUUCAGCUGGCAGACCUGUCUUCAAUCAGUGCAACGCUGGCCAUGAAGACCCUGAUGGAGCUGUUGCUGGAGGAACUGCAGCCCGCGGAGGCCAAGAGUGUUUGCUGGGCUCAGACGUUGCGUCUCCUGUCACUGAUGGAUACCCUGGUAUCACAGAGAGCCUGUAAGAGCGCAGCGUUGCACCUGCUCUCUGGGUCUGUGUCUGGAGACGAACAACUGGCCGAGCUGUUCCCACUGCUACUGUCUCUGCUGGUCCUUCCAGCUGACCACUGCGUACAACAGCAGCAGUCCAUGGAACUAGUGGGAACAAUAUUACAGUCACUGUGUGACCAGGACAUUUCUUUGGUUGUUUGUCCAACUGGUGAAAGUUGUGUAUCGGAGGUGGAACAGUUGGCCAACGCACUUCCUGGCAGAGAGAUGAUGUCAUCAGUGUGCAGUGCCUUGAUGGAAGUGCUGGGUAACACUGACAGCAGUGUCCCGCUCCUUCUUACCUGCAUCAGGACGUUGACAUUCCUCUCGGAGCACGACUAUGGACUCUACCACCUCAAAGUUGCUCUGAAGAAACACGGCGCCGGUCUGUGCUCACUGUUGAAGAGGCUGGUGUUCUCAUUCAACAAGGACUCAACAGAUCUGCUCUCAGCCCUGCUGGAUUUCCUCAGACAGAUUCUCAACACUGACCCUAUGUGUGUUGAUGAGGCUCAGAGGUCUGGUGAAGAGUCAUCCUUCUCCACCGCUCCACGGCUGUGGCUGUCAGGUUCAGAGAUGAAGGCUGUGCUUCAGUGGGAAGAGUCAGAGUCCCAUCUGCUGCCCACUCUGGAGAAACAGAUUACGAAACUGUGUAAAGAAGAUGAAUCACUGGAGGGUAUUUUAGAAAAUGUGAUUGUUCUGAGACAAACACUGGAGUCGGCCACUGACACUCCUGCAACUGCUGAGACUGAACCCACUCUGCCACCGCCUGAAACACUUGGAGCUCUGUUUAACCACAGAACUGUGUUUAUUCUGUCAGAAGCUCUGGACGAGCAGCUGAAAGCUCUGUGGUUCUCUCCAUUCCAUACUGAUGACAUUGAAGCAGACAUUGAUACGGUGAAGGUGGAUCUGGUAGGUUUGGCUCUUGAAUGCUGUCCAGAACUGGACCUCAAAGCCGAGCUGGAGCGUUCCUUCCUGUCUGAGCCGUCUUCCCCUGGUCACACCAAAGCUCCCAAAGGCUUCAGGCUGGGCAAACACAAGCACGAGACGUUUAUUACAUCCAGUGGAAAGUCAGACUACGUUGAGCCUGCGAAAAGAGCACACAUCAUGGCUGCUCCACGUGGCCGAGGGGGUCGAGGAGGCUUUGGGCAAAACCUCUCACGCCCCCAUGAUAUCUUCCGGCAGCGCAAACAGAACACUUCCCGUCCUCCCAGCAUGCACGUGGACGACUUUGUGGCAGCCGAGUUUAAAGACAUUACAACCCCUCUUGGACUUUUGCCUCCCAAGCGGCUGCCAAAGAGCUCACCCAAGCCUCCCACCAGAGGACUGUUCACAGGCAACAGAGGCAGAGCCACAUUCCACAAUCAGACGCGCUUCUUCACUCCACCGCAGCCUAAAAGUGUCCUGCUGUCAGGUAACUACCCUCGCAGAGAUGGAGGCAGAGGUUCCUCUUGGACCAGCCAAGUUCCAGCAGUCACUCACAGAGGAACUUACAGUGAACCCAGAGGCGGCCAGAGUAACUUUACACGUGGACCUCUGCCUUCCAGGCAACUCCCAGCAGCUACGUAUCGCCUCGCACCUCGUGACCGAGCUCCACGGGGGAGAGGAGGUACUGGGCUGCCGUGGCCUAGCGGAGGAGCAGGCGGUGGCGGUGCUGGUGGAGGAGGUGGGGGUGGAGGCGGUGGAGUAGGAGGAGGGAGAGGAUCUCAGGGGAGCAAAUUCAGCGGAGGGGGCGGCAGUGGUGGUGGGCGGGCCAGACACGUCCGCUCCUUCACCAGGUAACUUCACCUGGACAUGGACUGCAGCCUAAUAGGGCAACAAAUGGACCAAUCAGGAAGUCGUAUGUAUCGUCUCUGUGGAACCACAGGGAGGCGAUGUUGUCCUGAUGACAUACAGACUGUGUGGUGACAUUUUAAUGUUUUGUUACAAGUAUGGAAAUAAUAAAGAUGAGAGUGAGUGGGUCUUUACAUUUGUGUUUUUCAUGAACAUGUGAUGACCUGAUGGAGAGAGUUUUUACUGUUCUGUUUGGACUGAUUUGAUGUAAAUUAAACCUCAAAACU